AUGUCUCGUACAAAUAUAAGUCCAUUGAUAAAAGCUCAGUUAGAAAAACUAACCGCUGCUGGUAUUGAUAUUACUUCCGGACAUCGACCAAUACGUUCAUCUCCACCAAUAAUUAUUUCAACAAAAUCAACUCAUUCAAACACAUCAUCACAAAGCUCUUCAUACACAUCUAUACCUGAUCAAAUGUCUUCAUCGGGUGAAACUUCAUUACAAUUACAUCGAGAAUUCGAUAAUACAUCAAAUACUUCAUUGCCUAUAUUAUCAUCUAAUUGUCAACGAUUAGAACAUUCAGCAGCACGAAAUCGUAUCGCAGUAAAAAAUCAACGAAAACAACCAAUUAAACAUAAAUUAAGUAUUUUAAAAGAAAAUAAUGAUAAUGAAUUUGAUUUAUUUUCAUCAAAAUUUGAUGAUGAAGAAGAAAAUUUUCCAUCACAUAUUGAAUCAAAAAUUCAAUCAAAAUCAGUUAUGGAUCUUUCUAAUUUUGAUAAAGAACAAAAUCAUUUUUUUAAUUCUCUUCGUCCUCGUGAUCAUUCAGUUGAUAAUAUACAUUCAACAACAUUCACUACUCCAACAUAUAUAUCAUCUGUUCAACGAUCAAUAAGUUUUAAAUGUCCACAAGAAUUUAAUCAAACAACAUUUACAAUAAAAAAAGAUGAAGAAAAUAAACAUGAAUCAACAUUAAAAGAUAUUAAUCAAAAUAAUUCAUAUUCAUCAUCUCAAGAACAUAUUUAUGAUAAUUCAAAUUUAUUUCAACAUCAUAAAACAAAUAUAUUAUCAAAUGAAAAUCAAUUAUCAACAAAUAAUAUUAUUAAAACACGUGAACGACUUAUACCAAUAACAAAUCGUAUAAGACCACUUACGGUACAUAUACCAACAAAUAAUGAUAAACAAACAAUAAAUGAAUAUGAAAAUGUUCUUAAUCAAAUAAAAAAACCAAGUUUAAUUAAAAAAAUUCAACAUAAAGAAGAACAAGAAACAGUACCCACAUUAUCCGUUGUCGACGAAUCAAUACAAACACCUUCAUCAUCUAUUCUUAUUGAAGAUACAUCUAAAAUUUUAUCAACUGAACAUGAAUUAAUAGUUCCAGUUGUUAUUCCAACAAAAAAAUUAGUUGAAACAUCUUCCGUAUCUCAACCACCAGAUCGACGAAAAACAGUUGGUGGUGUAAAUUUACCAACGAAUAAUAAAGUUACUACAAAUACUAAUCAAUCAAUACCAUCAUGGAUUGAUAUUGCUAAACAAAAACAAAAUAAAUUAAGAGCUGCAUUAAUUGAAAAAAGUCAAAGUGAAGAAUCUGAAAAAAUAACAUCUAUCGAACCUGAUAUAGUACCUAAAAAACAAGUUAUUAGUUCAUCUAAACCAAUAACAACAGUUAAAGAAACUACUUCUAAUGAUACACCAACAUUUAAUCCUUCUAUUAUACGACGAUUAUCAUCACGAGUACCACAAACUAAUACACAUAUAGUUGAACGAGAUUCUAUACGAGCAUUAAAAGCAAAUAAUCCAAAUCGUAUAAAUAAUUUAAUUAAUUUUUUUGAUAAAUAA